AGCCUUUUGCUUACAUUCUUUCUACUUUAUACUACACAUCAUGAAAUUAUUUCCCAUGUCAUCGACCAAGUACUAUAUUUUUCUCUUUAAUUUUCUUCUCAUCACAUCCACUACUUUAUCAAAAUCCAAUUUCCAACCCAAAACUUUGUUCCUAUUAGUCAAAAAAGAUCCAUCCACCCUACAAUACAUUACUCAAAUUCACCAAAGAACACCUCUUGUCCCUCUUAAACUAGCCCUCAAUCUUGGUGGUGAAAGCCUAUGGGUUGAUUGUCAAAAUGGCCACAAAAGCUCAACGUACAAGCCCGCGCGUUGCGAAUCAGCGCAAUGUGAUCUUGCCUGGUCAACAUCAUGUGGAAAUUGUUAUGAGAAUGACACAUUCUUACCCAUUUGCAACUCGUGCUAUAACGUUGUUUCAAAUCCUGUUACCUCCACUAUAGGUGAAAUCGCGGACGAUGUUUUGACAAUUCAAUCAAUUAACGGGUCAAUUCCAGGACCCGCUGCAAUUGUCCCAAAUUUCAUCUUUAGUUGUCCUCCUACUACAUCCAAUUUAACACAAAAUUUAGGCAAAAAUGUUAAAGGAAUGGUUGGUUUUGGGCAGCAAAGUCCAGUCUCAUUUGCUACUCAAUUUGCAUCAAUUUUCAAAUUCAGUAGGCAAUUUGCCAUUUGUUUAAGCUCAUCAACUAAACGAAACGGUGUAAUUUUCAUCGGACAUAGCCCUUAUUUCAUUAGCCUUGCGUUCGAUGCAUCGCGAGAUCUAAUCUACACACCUAUAAUCACCCAACAACGUUUCGUUACCAUUACCUACCCACAUUAUAUAAGCGUCAUUCGCCCCUCGCCAGAGUAUUACAUCCAAGUUAAUUCCGUUAGAAUUAACGGAAAAACUUUACCAUUAAACAAAACACUACUCUCGUUAGACGAAAACGAAGAAGGCGGAACGAGAAUCAGCACGAACGUUCCGUAUACUGAAUUAGAGCCGUCUAUUUACGAUAUCGUAAGUAAAGCUUUUAUUAAUGAAAUGCCUAAAGAAGUUACAAAGGUACCCUCAGUGCAACCUUUUAAAACUUGUUUCGACUCGACAUAUAUUGGUGUGUCACGCCUAGGUUACGAUGCACCUGAAAUUAAUAUCGUAUUUCAGAAACAAAGUGUUUAUUGGACGAUUAUUGGAUCGAAUUCGCUAGUAAAAGUCAAGGAAGGUGUUAUAUGUUUAGCAUUUGUUGAACGAAAAGAAGCAAGGGGACAAGCAAUUGUUGUUGGUGGAUAUCAAAUGCAAGACAAUCUUAUAGAAUUUGAUUUAUCGAGGAGAAGAAUUGGUUUUAGUAAUUCACUUUUUUAUCGUCAAACUAUGUGUGCAAAUCAUAAUUAUGCUUAGACAAAUUGUGUCAUUUGUGAUUCUAGUUUGACUUGAUUAAUUGUAAUUUGUAAUAUUAUAAUCGUCAUUUUAAUUAAUUUUAUUGAAUAAUAUUCAUAUACAGUUGCAAUUAUCU